UUAUUCAUCUACUCGCCGGAGUGAUCGAUCGUUACAGGCUAAGAUUCGAUCAUCAUAUCAGUUCUAAUGGAUGUCUCUCUACCAGUGGAUAAACUAACUAUCGGAUCACAACCUAAGGAUAAAACUUGUGUAGUGCUUGUGGCAACUGGGAGUUUCAAUCCUCCUACGUUCAUGCAUUUACGCAUGUUUGAGCUGGCGAGAGAUGCAUUACACUCUGAGGGAUUUCAUGUUCUUGGAGGCUACAUGUCUCCUGUAAAUGAUGCAUACAAGAAGGAGGGACUUUUAUCCGCAGAGCAUCGUUUAGAGAUGUGUAAUCUAGCUUGCAAAAGCUCCGACUUUAUAAUGGUUGAUCCGUGGGAGGCAUCCCAAGACAGCUACCAACGGAGUUUGGUGGUUUUAUCAAGGGUCAAGACUUUCCUUACAAACAAUAUACGUGUACCCGAGGAAUCUCUCAAAGUCAUGCUACUAUGUGGCUCGGAUCUAUUGGAAUCUUUCUGCUCUCCCGGUGUUUGGAUCCCUGAACAGGUAAGGAGUAUUUGUAAAGACUAUGGGAUUGUAUGCAUCCGUAGAGAAGGACAAGAUGUUGAAAACAUGAUCUUUGGUGACAGAGUCUUAUACGAAACCCGUGAUAACAUCAGAACCGUCAACAAUUUUGUUCCUAAUCAGAUUAGCUCAAGUAGAUUAAGACAAUGCAUUUCGCGAGGGUUGUCGGUUAAGUACUUGACUGAAGAUGGAGUGAUAGAUUACAUCAGACAACACCAACUUUACACUGAGCUCACAUGACAAAAGCUGAGAGGAUUAUUUACUUCACCAGAUCAGUAUUAUUACUACACAAGCCAUUCAAAUAAUGUGUUAAACAGAUGUAAUCAUAUUAAAUUUUUCUCAUUAGAUUCA